CCAUACUCUUGCUGGGUGAGUCAAGAUUUCAGUAGGCAUUAGGUGUGAUCUGUGCCAAGAAAGAACAUCCGCUUACCAUAUUUAUUUUUUAUUUAGUUAAUGUAGACUUAGUCAUUUAAUUUUAUCAUUUGCUUGGUGAACUCAGUUUCACUGAAGGUAAUUUUUCUAAUAUUUAUAUUCACGUAACGUUUCUGUGAACAUGUUCCCUGAGGGCAGUAUCGGGUACAGCUAUGAGGAAUGCAGGGCUAUAGCUGACUGGCUGCUGACUCAGACUGCUGUGCGCCCCCUGGUGGGUAUUGUGUGUGGCUCAGGGCUGGGUGGACUAGCUGACCUUCUAAAAGACCAAGUGGCUUUCAACUACAGAGACAUCCCCAACUUCCCCCAGAGCACAGUGCACGGCCACGCUGGGCGGCUGGUGUUUGGGACUCUGAAAGGGAGGCCAUGCGUCUGCAUGCAGGGUCGCUUCCAUCUCUAUGAGGGAUACCCCAUUCAGAAGAUUACUCUGCCCAUGCGCAUAUUUAAGAUGCUGGGUGUGAAGACCGUGAUCCUAACGAAUGCUGCAGGGGGCCUGAAUCAGGACUUCAAGGUGGGAGACAUCAUGAUCAUCAAAGACCACUUAAACAUGCCUGGAUUUGCUGGCAACAACCCCUUAACAGGACCCAACGAUGAACGGUUUGGUGUGCGGUUCCCCUGCAUGUCUGAUGCAUACGACCGCGAGCUACUCCAGAUGGCCAUGGACGUGGGCAGCGAGCUCGGCUACAGCGACUUCCUCCGCGAGGGCGUGUACUGCGCGCUGGGCGGCCCCUCGUUCGAGACCAUCGCAGAGUGCCGCAUGCUGCACAAGCUGGGCGUCGACGCUGUCGGGAUGAGCACAGUCCACGAAGUGAUUGUGGCUCGUCACUGUGGCAUGCGGGUCUUCGCCCUGUCUCUCAUAACCAAUCAGGCAGUGAUGGACUACGACAGUGAGGAGAAGGCCAAUCACAACGAAGUUCUGCAAACAGCCAAACAGAGGGCGCAGCAGCUGGAGAAGCUGGUGUCCACCAUGGUCAUUCGCAUGAAGCACAACAACAACUACUCCUAAAUGAAACACGGGGCAAACGAACACCAAAGCAAAGCGUUGGAAAAUUAUCCAAAACCAAGACACACAUUUUCCACACGGGGUUGCUUACAGCAGGCUACAGAGCUGUGGAACAUUCAGAUAGUCACUACAGAGUCAUUAUUGGUAGCAAGUAGCACAAAACUUUGUUCUAUUCCUCUUAAUCCUUCAUAGCAUGUUUUAGUAUACUCCAAAAUAGGCAGCAUCGUGUGUUGUAGAUUCUUUGGUGAAUUCUGUCUGCUCUAUAUCACCUUCUCCUGAUAACAGAAGAGAUCUGAUGUACAUUCCCUUAGUAGGCAAUAUAAAAUGCCAUACUGCAGAUAAUCAUGUAAAUGCAAUUUAAUAAUUUAAUACUGAGACAUUUAUUUUUAUUAAUCUUAUGUUUAAACUAAUUUAACAGAAUCCUUUGUAAACUAUUAAUUGCUUUGAGUUCAGUGUGCUAUGAUGUACAGAUGUCAUGCCUGUCUAUUUGUCUUUUGUAAUGUUGUUAUGAAAUGUAUCUAUUUAUUAUCAAUGCCUAAGUCCUUGUAUUGUGAUUGUGUUCAGUCUCAUCACAAAGCAUUGUCAGUAAAGAUUAACCAUGACCCAUA